AGAUCCUGAGCCACAGAGCCACCGCUCCGCCCCGUAAGGCUUAAAGAAGAGAAGGAAAAGAAGGGGAGAGAGCAGAGCAGAGCCCUGGGCCUCUGUAGAGAAAUGGCUUCGCACGGCUCGCGGGCUCAGAAAAAGAACGCGUACACCGCCGUCCAGGUGGACCCCGAGAGCGACUACGCCACCCCCGGAGCCUUCGAGCUGGAGAGGCUGUUCUGGCACGGCUCAGCGGCGUACACGCACGUCAACGAGGUGUGGCCCGGCGUCUACAUCGGGGACGAGAAGACGGCCCUGGACAGGUACACCUUGGAGAAGAUGGGCAUGACGCACAUCCUGAAUGCGGCCGCCGGCAAGUGGAACAUCAGCACAGGACCCGAGUAUUACAGCGACAUGAACAUCGAAUACUACGGCGUCGAAGCCGAUGACCUUCCGAGUUUCAACCUCAGCGAAUUCUUCUACCCCGCAGCAAAGUUCAUCGACGGCGCUCUUAGCAGACCCGAAAACAAGCUCUUGGUGCACUGUGUCAUGGGGAGAAGUCGCUCAGCCACGCUCUUCCUGGCCUACCUGAUGAUCUACAAGAACAUGACCAUUGUGGACGCCGUUAAUCACGUCAUCGAGCACAGGUGCAUUUUGCCCAACCGUGGGUUUUUGAAACAGCUCAGGCAGCUCGACAUCGAUCUCCAGCUUCAGAGGAAAAAAUUAAAAGAAGGCGCAGCCUCGAACGGAGAAAACGAUGAGCAAGGAAAAUGACAACUUCAUUUUCCAUCAUUUUUACAGAAGGGUGUCUAUUUUUAUGGGCUUUAUACUCUGAAAACAAAGACCGGAAGGAAGUAUGCAUAGAUAAUGGCAAAAAAAAAAGUAUGGCCAGAAUUGGAUUAAAUGCUUCUUAUCCAAUUAUGUCUCGUGAAAAAGUUUUAGAACAUUUUCAAGCAGCUCCCAGGAGAAUGGUCACAGGCUGAAGGGAUGAAUGUGUUGGCAGCACCAAUCUAGACUGCUGGAACAUCACGUAACCAAAAUGCCGUCGUGCACAAACUACUACGUGUUUGACGUGCUUGAUGGCUGUGCAAUUGCAAUUCACGAUUACGAUGAUUUUGUGCACUUUUACUUGUGAAUGAAGAUUCCAAACUGUCAAAGCAAUGCAGAAACGUUCAUAAUGUUUCUUCAGAAAGAAGCCAGAUUACAAAUAAGGGCAGUCCAAUAAUGGCUCAUCAUAAUUUAUUUUAUGCUAAAAUGUACAGCAUUUUUUAAGUGACUGACUAAAAAGAUAACUCAUAAAUACAAGACUGUCAUUCUUUUCUAUUUUUGUACACAUAUCCAUGUCCCCUCUCAUCCCUAACCAGUCACUCUGUACAGGUACAAAGGCUACAAAAAAGCAAUAUAAACAGACAAAUACAAUUUUGCUUUUUACAUGCGAUCUGUUAGCUUAGUUUGGUCUAUUCACAGGCUACUGCUCUACGCUUUUUUGUAAAAUAUAAAUCCAACAUUUUAUAAAGAUACAAAAAAAUCUACAGAUGGAAUGAAAAUGUAAGUUUAAAGGCAUUUUCAUAAAAUAGCAACUUUGGACUAAAUUUACGUUUUUAUUUUUUAAUUCCUCCACAUUUCUGGACUUUGUUCUUGGAAAUGCUUUAGAAUUGUAUGGGUACAAACACUGAGAUAUGCUUCAUUAUGUAGACAGUAAUCAGUUUGCAUUAUAAAACAGAAAAGCUGCCUCCUUCAAGGAAAUUUGUUACAAAAGGUACUCAAUUAUACACAAUUAGCAAUAAAACCUUUCAAACUGAACAACUGAAACGAGACUAAGUUUACAAUUUUUUUACAGUAUUAGAAUUAACAAAAAUAUAGUUUAAUCUUCCUCCCCUUGCAGGGAAACCUAAUCAAGGCCAUAAGUUUUGAAAAUGGCUUGCUAUUAAGCACAACACUUGUACAGUACUACUUAAUGCACUGUCACUAACAAAGACAUCAUAGCAUGCUAAGUGUCACCUUACAAAAAAUAAAACAAAUUUACAAUAAUUUAAAUAUAUAAAGGCAUAAGUAUGGAACAUAAACUAAACUUCAGUACUGCUGGACAGGUACACUUAAAAGGCUCCAACAUCCAAACAUUACAUUUGUAGCAGAGGCACAUUAAAUGGCUCCAACAUACAGGCUGCAACCCCACUGCAGUGUGAAGCCUCCCUUCACUACAGCUCUGCAUCGCAGGCUGCACUCAUUUAAAAGG